AGGUUAAAUCUAGUUGCAAAUAAACCGCUAGUGAACACUUAGCUGCCGUUUUGAAAGUAAUCCUCUUUCUAGGAAGAAUUGUCGACCUAGAGUGACUCGAAGGGUGAGUGUGUCCCUCGAGGUAGGUAGAAAGUCCACAGCGGCCAAGUAAUGGUUGGAGACGCUGUGCUGCUGGCUGAGAAGGAAUCCCAAGCCAUAUGUGACAUCCAGAUCAAGAUCAAGAGCAAGAAAAUGUAAACAAAGACACGGGAGGAAGAAGACCCAUGGCUCCCAUGGCCUAACCAGCCCCCUAAAACACUGAAGAAGACAAAGAAGGAGAAGGAGGUGGUGUUGACCUGGCACAGCACCAAGGGACAGCACAGCACCCUGUGUGUCCCGACAGCCACCACUGGUGCUGGUGCUGAGGUGAGACCCUGAGGAGAGGACCACACUUCCAAGGGAUGCCACAGCACCCUAUGUGGUCCGACGGCUAUCUCUGGUGCUGGUGCUGAGGUGAGAGCCUGAGGAGAGGACCAUAGCACCAAGGGACAGCACAGCGCCCUGUGUGUCCAGACGGCCACCACUGGUGCUGGUGCUGAGGUGAGGGCCUGAGGAGAGGACCACAGCACCAAGGGACAGCACAGCACCCUGUGUGUUCCGACGUCCAGACCAGACCAGAAGAACCACCACCACCACCAACAACAACAACAAUACCACCACCAACACCAACAACAAUGGCAACCAUACUACCAAAACCACCAACAACGUCAAGAACAACAACAACAACACCUUGCUGCUUUUAUCUACAGCCACAAAGGAAAGGGAAAGUUUGAGUGUGACAAGAUUUGAGACUGGGAGCAAGUUCAGCAGACGCAGCCUUGCGCACACUGGUGAGGGAAACCAUGAGUGGCCAGCGUGUGGGGAAAGACUCCCUGGGAAGGAUGACCUCAGCAAAUACACCCACACACUCUGCUGAAGGACCCCAUGAAUGCCAAGACUGUGGCAAAAGGUUCAGAUACCAGAGUGCCCUCAACAGACACACCCUUACACACACUGGUGAAAGACCUCAUGAAUGCCAAGAGUGUGGCAAAAGGUUCAGUACGAAGGCUAAUCUCAACAGACACACCAUUAUACACACUGGUGAAAGGCCUCAUGAAUGCCAAGAGUGUGGCAAAAGGUUCACAUACCAGAGUGACAUUAACAAACACAUCCUUACACACACUAGUGAAAGACCGCUUGAAUGCCAUCACUGUGGCAAAAGGUUCAGAUACCCGAGUAAACUCAACGCACACACCCUUACACACACUGGUCAAAGGCCUCACGAAUGUAGGGUGUGUGGAGAAAGGUUUACAGAGAAGAGUAACCUUAACACGCACAUGCGUAAACACACUGGUGAAAGGCCUUAUGAGUGUGGGGUUUGCAGAGAAAGGUUUACACAUAAGAGUAGUCUCAACACACACACGCGUACACACACUGGUGAAAGGCCUCAUGAGUGUGGGGUUUGUGGAGACACAUUCAUUAGGAAGAGUCAGCUCAAGGUGCACACUUACAAACACACUGGUGAAAGGCCUCAUCAGUGUCUGGAAUGUGGAGAAAGGUUUAUAGGGAAGCAAACCCUGGAGCGUCACAUCUUCAGACACUCUGGCCUGAGAGAGUUCAAGUGUGAUGUGUGUGGGAAGCACUUCAAGAUGAAGAUGGACAUUGCCCAGCACAUGAAGACCCACUUCUGAGGUGCUGUGUGUGGGGGUAUAGGUGGGGGCUGAGGUGGUGAUGGAGGGCAGUUUGUGGUGUAAAGGAGCACACUGACCCAUUGUAACAAGUAGUGUGUGUGUGUGCCAGUGUGGUGUGCUCCCUGUUCUCACCCCCGGCUGAGGUGGUGGUGGUGGUGGAGGGCAGUGUGUGACAUGAAGGAGCACACUGACCCAUUGUAACAAGUAGUGUGUGUGUGCCAGUGUGGUGUGCUCCCUGUUCUCACCCCCGGCUGAGGUGGUGGUGGUGGUGGUGGAGGGCAGUGUGUGGUGUAAAGGAGCACACUGACCCAUUGUAACAAGUAAUGUGUGUGUGUGCCAGUGUGGUGUGCUCCCUGUUCUCACCCCCGGCUGCCUGUGACUGGUGGACGACGUCUUCUGAUUAACCCUUAAUGGCAUAAGUUGUCUUUUGUUGGUUGGAAAUUUGCUCAUUGCUAUUUUUCUCUUUGUCUGUCAGCACUUCAACAGUUUACACUAAGUCUUCUAAGUGUGCCUUCCCUGCAGCUCUCCAAUCUGGCGUGAGGGACAGACAGGCCUGCAGCAGAGCUGCAAAGCCCCCGCUGGAAUGACCGUUUUGUCAUGUAGUACUGUGUUCUCUCACAGAAAUAAGCGUCCAGUCCCAAAGAUAAGUGCAAAUUUAUCUUAAAACAUCAAUAUGUGUGUGUGUGCAUACAUUAUGCCAGGUUGAGCACCGGAUAUAUGUAAAUGGUUAUACAUGUCAUUGUUAAAACACCUUUAGAUUUAAAAGUCUGUAAAUGGUUAUUGAUUCUAUCCUCCUGUUUGAGCAAAAGUGGAAAGGUUUGGUCGUUCACUUUGACAAACUUUGGUGAAUCGUUCAGUAUGUUCUCCAUUUUGUCUAUGUAAUCCUUCCUAUCGAGUAAAACAACUCCAUUACCCUUGUCAGGCUUGCAUACAAUAAAAUCUUGAUCUGGCGCGAGUUUCCGUAAAAUGGCAACUUCAUCUUCGUCUAGAGAUUGACAAUGUGGGAUUAGAAUAGAAAGUAGAGAGGGCAAUAUGUUUGAACGAUUGUUUAAAGAAAUCUUUAGUUUUGCCAUGGGAUCCAUAAGGAGUGAAAUUUUCCAACAUUUUGGCUAGACGUUCAAAAGGAAGAAAAUGAGACAGAAACUUUGGUUUGUUGACUGGGAGCGAAAACUUUAAGCCUUUACUCAACAAUAAUUUCUCCGGAUCAGUCAGGGAUCUCGAUCAAUAGUUGAAUAUACUACUUUUGAUAACGGAAGCUACUUGUGUGAAUAAUUGUCCCCCUCAUUUUAAGACACUCCUCCAUAGACGCUACGUAGAUGCUUUUUUUUUUGUUUUUUUUUUU